AAAUAUGCGAAUGUUUUUCAGGUAGUAAGGAAUGUGCUGCGUUACCCUACGAUGUUCAAUGGAAGAGACGAAUGGAUUACGGACGUACUGGUUCCUGCUUUGGAAACUUUAUCGCCCCAGUUACUACCCAUCGCAAUUGAGGUCGGAGGUGAAAUAAUCUGCCAGUCAAGUUCUCAAUUCGUUCAUUUCAUCUCAAGUGUUAACGACGAGACUGUGUUCGAAGUAUGUUGUUUGUCCUGCAGAAAAGAGUAUUAUAACGUAAAUGAGAAGUACGAACUCGAGACUAUAUUAGAAAAAAGUGCGAAAUCGCAAAUGGCGUAUGCUGUUAGUAAACCGGUACACGGAAAUUGUGAAACAGUAUUUAGAUUGCUGAAACAUAUCUUGAAGCACUGUGCCAGUAACGAUUCCAAUGUAAAAAUAUCUAUAAUUAAGACUAUGCACAGUUUUACUCACUUAUUGCCAUUUUAUGAUGUUAGUGGCAUGUCAUGUUGGUUCAAAUUUGCGGAUGAUCGAGACGUGAUGGUUAGAAGAGAAUUUUCUAAAGUGGUGAAAGUCAUAUUCGUUGCCAUUUCGGAAAGCAAAGUCAUAUCAAAUGAGGACAAAAAUGAAAUGUUUAAGACUUGUUUCUUGGAAUUGCAAAAGUACUCCGAACAAUCUGUACACAAAUCGAAUUACGAGCUACAAGAAACUCUAUUGACCACCAUAAGUGAAUUGUCCAAGCUGUCAUUGCCCAUAACCACACGUUACGUGUCGCAGAUCUUACUGUACUUUAUUAUGUAUCCGACUUCGAAACAUUACUUAAUUGCGUUGAAUAUAUUCAUGGAAAUGGCUCAUCUGCAGAACACAACUACCGCUUUAAUCUACGCACAGCACCGUCAGCAACUGUGCAGUAACAUCAUGAAAAUUUGCGCUAUUAAUUUGGCCGUCAUAGGUUACAGUCUAUCAACGUCACUAGAAAGAAUAUCGACAGUUCUCGGCUUUUAUGGUCCCAAAGAUUUUGUUAUGAAGGAAAGUCGUUCGCUGUUACCCGUCCUGAUCUCAAUGAUAGUCAUCAUGCCUCAGGUCGAAAGGCUCGUAGAGGAGUUCGCCAAGUUGGAAGAAAUGAGCGUGAAGGACUUAUUGAUCAGCAAAUAUGGGAAUAUUUUCCUACACAUAUUUCUGAACGAGACUGAAGACAUGUUCAAACGGUUGAUGAGGUACAUUGAGGAGAAGACCGGAUGUAGUGGCAGAACAUUACGGAAGAAAGAUCUCUUGGUUAUUUUAAGCGAUCUGUUGCUAAACUUCCACGAAUAUCGAGACCGAGUGCUAGUAGGCCUACGUAUUUUGGCGACUGACGAUUCCGACGGCCCCCCAAUCGGCAUCAACCGAAUUCCCGAAUAUUUGCAACCGAAACUUUUAGGCGUCCUCGGUAAUUUCGACAUGAAAUUGGUUUUGCUUCGUUAUUUGGAUGUCGAGAAGGUUCUGUUGAGCCUCGCCGAGCUCGUGACCUUUAUGGGACCGAAGUACAUUACGCCUUUGCGUUUUAAAAUUUUUGCCAUGUUGAAGACGGCUUUGAAUUCGAACGAGGUUAGCGGCCAGCUGCAUUGCGACGUGUGGGAGGCUUUCCUCAAAAGUUGCGAAAUUGAAUCGCUCGGCCCGCAGUUGGCGUCAAUUUUCGUGUUUCUGAUACCUCUACUAGAAAAUCAACCGAAAGUUACGGCGAUAUUUCGAUAUCUAAUCAUAGAAAAGGAGGCCUACGUUAAGGACUAUAUUUGUGACUUGUUUUUCUUGCUGGAAGGCACUGUAGGUGGUGAUAUUUGCGUUGUUAUCGAGAAAUACUUAAAGCGUGUGCAAGGCUUACCGUUUCGAGAACAUUUGAGCGCAUUUUUAAAAUAUUUAAAUCACGAAACUGUCGAAAUUCGAGUGCACGGUUUGAAGUACAUCAAACGGCUAUUGGAAACCAACAGAGAAGAGUUAGAUCGGAUGAUAUUGGGUUACAAUGGUAUCGAUCCAAUCAUUGUUAGUCUUUUGGACGUACUCAUGCUCGCUUGCCGCGACAAAGAGGACCUUAUCAAGUUGGCUUGCGGCGAGUGUCUUGGGGAGCUGGGCGCAAUCGAACCUAGUCACUUACCGAGGCAGUACAAAACUGAAACACAGUCAUUUAUUUUUUUCAUCACAGAGGAUAGUUUUAUUGUUAGCGCUUUAAAUGAAUUAACUCGAGCUUUGCAAGCGGAAAAGAACACGCGGAAAAUGGACCGUUUUGCGUUGGCAAUACAAGAAGCUUUGAAAUAUUAUGAAAUAUCUCCUGACCCGAGCAGUCGCAAACACAAACUUUGGAUGGAUUUCCCUGAUAGUCAAAAAGAACUUAUGCUGCCAAUGUUAUCUUCACGUUAUACGUUGCUGCAACCAAAACAAAAAAUUCCGGUUUCGCCAAUAUACGGAUCCAAGUAUGGUUCAACUUACGAUCUAUGGAUUUCUAAUUGGACAAGUAAUUUAACUUUGGAAAUGAAGGUGGACGAACGAUCCGUGGUGCAGGUAUGUUUGCCAAGUUUGCACCAAGACCAUAAUACCUUAAUGGUCUUCCUACCACAUAUCCUAUUGCACGCAUUGUUAGAUGGUAGUCAGGCGUCUCAUGACGAUAUUUUCGCCGAGUUCACGGCGGUAAUCGAUACUUACACCAAUAGAGAGGCCAGCGUGCCGAUAGCGUCUUUACCUAGCGGCACACCUAUCUCGAGCAAUACUGUUUCGCCGGAAGAAAAGGUUGUAUUCGUUCUUUUGGAUUUUUUGGAUCGUUGGAUUAGGGAAUGGACAUGGAAAGGGCCGAAAUCUGCCAACGAAGAAGAAUGUCGAAUAAUUAAGUCAUUUUUAACUCGUUUUUGCAAGCUGAAGUUGGCUCGCUCAAAUUGCCGAUGUGGGGAGUAUGCUAGGGCGCUGAUGUACUUCGAGGAGUACAUUAGUGAGCACUCUGACCAACUGAAAAAUCAUCUGCCACUCUUUACCGAGCUUUACGCUCAACUGGACGAACCAGAUGGUGUAGAAGGAGUAACCACAAUUCAUGAUAAAGAACCGCCCAUUGAACAAAAAUUGUUGGCAUUAGAAGUGUCUGGAAAAUUAACUGAUGCAAUAGCUCACUACGAACAGAUACCCGCACCGCUCAAAUUGCAUCACCUACAAUGUUUGGUACAAUGCUAUUUAGAUUUGGAGAACGUACACGCGGCGCUAAAUUACGUCCGCGGGUAUGUGCAUUCGUAUCCGACUUACAAUAAAAAUGUGUUAUUAGAAAUGCAAGCCGAACCUCUCCUACGUUUAGGACGCUAUUCAGACCUAGAUGAGUUACUUAAAAAGCCGGAAAUGCGAUGUAAUCACAGUUGGAGCUUAGAAGUGGGGAGAUCACUGUUGUAUCUUCAAGAUGGCAAAAUGGAUGAGUUUAAUAACAUUUUAAACUCGUUAUCAAUUUCGCAAGUAGACGCUUUAGGUGCGGCCAGCUUAAAACAAGGUGCAUAUCAACAUGGCUACAUGUACGCGGCACGUUUGCAUACAAUAACGGAGUUAAAGCAAAUAGGAAACAUGAUAAAAGAACUGCUAUUAAGACCAAACGAUCACAAAGUGUGUGAAUCUGUCCUUAAGAAAUUGAUGGUGGAAUGGGAGUUACGAUUAAAGAUCGUUCACCAAUCUCGAAAAAUCCAAGAAUCUAUCUUAAGUUUGAGACGGGUGGGAAUUCUUCAAGCGAAAACCAUUUUAAGGGAUAGAGUACCAAACUCUUUAAAUUUGCUCAAUUCAAUUUUGGGCGAAUCUUGGUUACGCAGCGCUACCAUCGCAAGGGCGUCCGGUGUUCACCAGCAAGCGUUUACUUACACAUUGAAAGCGGACGACUACUCACCACCACGCUUAUUUCUUGAAAAAGCUCAGCUGCACUGGAUGAGAGAGGAGCACCAACAAGCUUUGAGUGUCUUACGAAAGGGGGUUGAGAGAUUAAUUCCGGAUGCGAUAGGAACCCCAUCAUUCUCCUGCGGCAACAAUGAUUUGGACAUAAAGAAAAUUUCGGCAGAAGCAAAAUUACUGAUUGCCUCCUACAACGAUUCAGUGUCAAACGUCGACGCUCACGUGAAUAAACAGCACUACAAAGACGCGGUCGACAAUUUCAAUCAAUGGGAAAAGAGUCUAGUGUGCCUUGCGCAGUAUUACGACCGCCUUUCUCAAUCGUUACCUGACAGCGAGAGGGAGAAGGAAGAAGGUGACAUGAAAGUGCUCAUGAUUAAUUACUUCGGAAGAUCGCUGCUUUACGGUAGCGAGUACGUCUAUCAGUCCAUGCCGCGAAUGCUUAGCAUUUGGUUCGACUAUGGCACGGGCGUCUCCAACUUGGCGAGUGGAAUUACGGUCAGCAAAUCCGGGGGAAUUGGAAAGAUGGAACGCGAAAAUACCCUUACCCAGAUGACGAACCUAAUCGAUACGUUCCUCGAGAGGUUACCCUCUUAUAUAUUCUUAACGGCAUUUUCACAGAUUGUGUCGAGAAUAUGCCACCCACAGAAGCAAGUGUCAAUUGAGCUAAGAAAUAUUAUUGUCAAAUUAGUUUUGCAAUAUCCUCAACAAACUCUGUGGAUGUUAAUAUCGAUGAUAAAAUCGAGGUGUGCGAUCCGAUUGAAGAGGUGCACCGAAAUUUUGAAAGAAGUACGCUCCAAGUCGUCCAACAUGGGCAGACUGAUAGGAGACUUUACUAAAUUGGCAGAGAAAUUAAUCGAACUGUGUAACAAGGAGAUACCUGACAAUAUUCGAGUCGCCUCAGUAGGUUCCGUAUUGCAGUCACUGCCAAGAAUGUUGAGCAAUAGUGACUUCAGUGAGAUAAUGAUACCGACACAGAAAUUUCGAAAACUUAUCUUACCGAAUCCGGAUUUUCAAAGCAGUCAGCAUAAUCCCUUUCCAAAUCGAUACGUUCAUAUUGUGGGAAUUGAGGACAAAUUUACAAUAUUGGAAAGUAUGCAGCAUCCCAGGAAAAUCACCUUUAGGGGAUCAGAUGGGAAUAAGUACACCCAACUUUUGAAACCAAAGGAUGAUCUCCGAAAGGACUUCCGUCUAAUGGAAUUCAACGACGUCGUAAAUCAAAUGCUAUCAAGAGACCCUGACUGCAGACAAAGGCGAUUGCACAUUCGGCUGUAUUCGGUCGUACCAUUAAACGAAGAGUGUGGAAUAUUGGAGUGGAUACAUAAUUUGGUCGGAUUACGUCCCGUUUUGCAAGAUUUGUACAAACAGAGAGGUUUAGGUAUGAGCGGAAGAGACAUAAAGAACGUUAUCUGCAAUCAAAACGAUUCGUUGGCAAAGAAAAGGGACGUGUUUACUAAAUGUUUACUGCCAAGAAAUCCACCGAUUUUCAAAGAAUGGUUCAGGAAAACGUUUCCCGAUGCGCAGAGCUGGUUAACCGCGCGAACGGCUUACAUACAUACGACUGCGGCAAUAUCGAUGGUCGGCUAUGUAUUGGGAUUGGGAGAUCGUCAUGGUGAAAAUAUUUCCUUUGAUUCCACCUGUGGUGAUACGGUUCAUGUCGAUUUUAAUUGUCUGUUUAAUAAAGGGGAAACAUUCCAGUGGCCGGAACGUGUACCCUUCAGACUUACACAUAAUAUGGUUGCAGCGAUGGGUCCCUUAGGUGUGGAGGGAAUGUUUCGCAAAUCGUGCGCCUGUACACUGACAGUUCUUCGAGCACACACAAACACGUUAAUGUCAAUCGUAGCACCGUUCGUCUAUGACCCUUUAGUGUCAUGGUCGCGAAGGGCAGUGCCUAAUAUGAAUGUUGGGGAGCAACCGAACCUACAGGCCGUUGAACACUUGGCAAACAUUGAAGAGCGACUUAAGGGUAUAAUAAAAUCAAAGCGUAAGUCGACCAUUUCAAUACCGUUGUCAGUUGAUGGGCAGACUAAUAUUUUAAUUCAAGAAGCCAUGAGCAUCGAUAAUUUAUGCCAAAUGUAUAUUGGAUGGGGAGCCUACCUGUAAUGUUAUAAGCGUAUAAGAGUUAUUUUUUGUUUUAAUUUUGUAAGAGUUACUUUUUUUUAUUAAAAUUACUUUUCAUGA